AUGGCGAACGACUCCCCUGCAAAAAGUCUGGUGGACAUCGACCUGUCCUCCCUGCGGGAUCCGGCUGGGAUUUUCGAGCUGGUGGAAGUGGUGGGAAAUGGCACCUACGGACAAGUCUAUAAGGGUCGACAUGUUAAAACAGGUCAGCUGGCAGCCAUCAAAGUUAUGGAUGUUACUGAGGAUGAAGAGGAGGAAAUCAAGCUGGAGAUAAAUAUGCUGAAGAAAUAUUCUCAUCAUAGAAAUAUUGCAACGUAUUAUGGUGCUUUCAUUAAAAAGAGCCCCCCAGGACACGAUGACCAACUCUGGCUUGUUAUGGAGUUCUGCGGGGCCGGGUCCAUCACAGACCUCGUGAAGAACACCAAGGGCAACACGCUCAAGGAAGACUGGAUAGCCUACAUCUCCAGGGAGAUCCUGAGGGGACUGGCACAUCUCCACAUCCAUCACGUGAUUCACCGGGACAUCAAGGGCCAGAAUGUAUUGCUGACCGAGAACGCAGAGGUGAAGCUUGUGGAUUUCGGUGUGAGUGCUCAGCUGGACAGGACCGUGGGGAGGAGAAACACCUUCAUAGGCACCCCGUACUGGAUGGCUCCCGAGGUCAUCGCCUGUGACGAGAACCCCGACGCCACCUAUGAUUACAGGAGUGACCUGUGGUCCUGCGGCAUCACAGCCAUUGAGAUGGCAGAAGGCGCUCCCCCUCUCUGUGACAUGCACCCCAUGAGAGCACUGUUUCUCAUCCCCAGAAACCCUCCUCCCCGGCUGAAGUCCAAAAAAUGGUCAAAGAAGUUUUUUAGUUUCAUAGAAGGGUGCCUCGUGAAGAAUUACAUGCAGCGGCCCUCCACAGAGCAGCUUCUGAAGCAUCCUUUUAUCAGGGACCAGCCGAAUGAAAGGCAGGUUAGAAUCCAGCUUAAGGACCAUAUAGACCGGACCAGGAAGAAGAGAGGAGAGAAAGAUGAAACCGAGUACGAGUACAGCGGGAGUGAGGAGGAGGAAGAGGAGGUGCCAGAGCAGGAGGGGGAGCCCAGCUCCAUCGUCAACGUGCCUGGUGAGUCCACGCUGCGCCGGGACUUCCUGAGGCUGCAGCAGGAGAACAAGGAGCGCUCCGAGGCCCUGAGGCGGCAGCAGCUCCUGCAGGAGCAGCAGCUCCGGGAGCAGGAGGAAUACAAGAGGCAGCUGCUGGCGGAGAGACAGAAGCGGAUCGAGCAGCAGAAGGAGCAGCGGCGACGGCUGGAAGAGCAACAAAGGAGAGAGCGGGAGGCCAGGAGGCAGCAGGAGCGCGAGCAGCGGAGGCGGGAACAGGAGGAGAGACGGCGGCAGGAGGAGCUGGAGAGACGGCGGCAGGAGGAAGAGGAGCGCAGGCGGGCGGAGGAGGACAAGAGGAGAGUCGACAGGGAGCAGGAGUAUAUCAGGCGGCAGCUGGAAGAGGAGCAGCGGCACCUGGAACUCCUUCAGCAGCAGCUGCUCCAGGAGCAGGCCAUGCUACUGCAUGAGCCCCGGAGGCCGCCCCCGCCGCCGGACAGGAGCAAGGCCGGCCUGCACGGCGCCGAGCCCAAGGCCCAGCACGAGCCCGCCGACCGGGCCCGCGAGGUGGAAGAUAGAUUUAGGAAAACUAACCACAGCUCCCCUGAAGCCCAGUCUAAGCAGACAGGCAGAGUAUUGGAGCCACCAGUGCCUUCCAGAUCAGAAUCUUUUUCCAAUGGCAACUCCGAGUCUGUGCACCCUGCCCUGCAGAGACCAGCCGAGCCACAGGUUCCUGUGAGAACGACGUCCCGGUCCCCCGUCCUGUCCCGUCGGGAUUCCCCGCUGCAGGGCAGUGGGCAGCAAAGUAGCCAAGCAGGUCAGAGAAACUCCACCAGCAGCAUCGAGCCCAGGCUGCUGUGGGAGAGAGUGGAGAAGCUUGUGCCCAGGCCUGGCAGUGGCAGCUCCUCGGGGUCCAGCAACUCAGGAUCCCAGCCCGGCUCCCACCCUGGGUCUCAGAGCGGCUCCGGGGAGCGCUUCAGAGUGAGAUCGUCAUCCAAAUCUGAGGGCUCGCCAUCUCAGCGCCUUGAAAAUGCAGCAAAAAAGCCUGAAGAUAAAAAGGAAGUUUUUAGACCUCUCAAGCCCGCUGACCUGACGGCCCUGGCCAGAGAGCUCCGAGCGGCGGAAGAUGUGCGGCCGCCGCACAAGGUGACAGACUACUCGUCGUCCAGCGAGGAGUCCGGGACGACGGAUGAGGAGGACGACGACGUGGAGCAGGAAGGCCCCGAGGAGCCCACCUCGGGGCCGGAGGACGCCCGAGCCGCGUCAUCUCUGAACUUGAGCAAUGGUGAGACGGAGUCCGUGAAAACAAUGAUCGUCCACGACGAUGUGGAGAGUGAACCAGCCAUGACCCCGUCCAAGGAGGGCACCCUGAUUGUCCGCCAGAGUGCAGUUGACCCAAAGCGCGCCAGCCAUCAUGAGAGCAAUGGCUUUGCCGGUCGCGUUCACCUCUUGCCAGAUCUCUUACAGCAAAGCCAUUCCUCCUCCACUUCCUCCACCUCCUCCUCCCCAUCCUCCAGCCAGCCGACACCCACCAUGUCCCCACAGACACCCCAGGACAAGCUCACUCCUAAUGAGACUCAGUCCGCUAGUAGCACACUCCAGAAACACAAAUCUUCCUCCUCCUUUACACCUUUUAUAGACCCCAGAUUACUACAGAUUUCUCCAUCUAGUGGGACAACAGUGACUUCUGUGGUGGGAUUUUCCUGUGAUGGAAUGAGAUCAGAGGCCAUAAGGCAAGAUCCUACCCGGAAGGGCUCAGUGGUCAAUGUGAAUCCCACCAACACUAGGCCACAGAGCGACACCCCAGAGAUUCGCAAAUACAAGAAGAGGUUUAACUCCGAGAUUCUGUGCGCUGCCUUGUGGGGAGUGAACUUGUUGGUGGGUACAGAGAGUGGCCUGAUGCUGCUGGACAGAAGUGGCCAAGGGAAGGUGUAUCCUCUGAUCAACAGAAGACGAUUUCAACAGAUGGACGUCCUGGAAGGCUUGAAUGUCUUGGUGACAAUAUCUGGCAAAAAGGAUAAGUUACGCGUCUACUAUCUGUCCUGGCUAAGAAAUAAAAUACUUCACAACGAUCCAGAAGUUGAGAAGAAGCAGGGCUGGACGACCGUGGGAGAUCUGGAGGGAUGCGUCCACUAUAAAGUCGUAAAAUAUGAAAGAAUCAAGUUUCUGGUCAUUGCUUUGAAGAGUUCUGUGGAAGUGUAUGCGUGGGCACCCAAGCCAUAUCACAAAUUUAUGGCCUUUAAGUCAUUUGGAGAUUUGGUGCAUAAGCCAUUACUGGUGGAUCUCACUGUUGAGGAAGGCCAGAGGUUGAAAGUGAUCUAUGGAUCCUGUGCUGGAUUCCAUGCUGUUGAUGUGGAUUCAGGAUCAGUCUAUGACAUUUAUCUACCAACACACAUCCAGUGCAGCAUCAAACCCCACGCAAUCAUCAUCCUCCCCAACACGGAUGGAAUGGAGCUUCUGGUGUGCUAUGAAGACGAAGGGGUCUAUGUGAACACCUAUGGAAGGAUUACCAAGGACGUGGUUCUGCAGUGGGGAGAGAUGCCAACGUCUGUAGCAUAUAUUCGAUCCAAUCAGACGAUGGGCUGGGGAGAAAAGGCCAUAGAGAUCCGGUCUGUGGAGACCGGCCACUUGGACGGUGUGUUUAUGCACAAAAGGGCUCAAAGACUGAAAUUCUUAUGUGAACGCAACGACAAGGUGUUCUUUGCCUCGGUCCGGUCCGGGGGCAGCAGCCAGGUGUACUUUAUGACGCUGGGCAGGACCUCUCUUCUGAGCUGGUAG